AUGAUGGCGACUUGGAUUCGAGUCGUUGUGCUGGUGAUGGCUUGCCUGGUUCCAGCUUCAGUGGACAGCAAGGUUCGACGAUAUAAUUUCGAUGUGGUGACGAAGAAUACCACUAAAUUAUGUUCAACUAAACCAAUUGUCACCAUUAAUGGAAAGUUCCCUGGCCCUACUAUCAUUGCGAGAGAAGACGAUACAUUGCUUAUAACUGUUAAUAACCAUGUCGAUUACAAUGUCACAAUCCACUGGCAUGGAGUUAAACAAUUUCGGAAUGGUUGGGCUGAUGGUACUGCAUAUAUAACACAGUGUCCGAUUCAACCUGGCCAAUCUUAUGUGCAUAAUUUCAUGCUCACUGGCCAAAGGGGUACGCUUUUUUAUCAUGCUCACAUUUUUUGGCUAAGAGCGACUCUUCAUGGCGCUAUUGUCAUCCUGCCCAAACCCGGCGUUUCUUAUCCCUUCCCUAAACCUCGUGAGGAAAAAGUCAUCGUAUUAGCUGAAUGGUGGAAAUCAGAUGUUGAAGCUGUCCUCAAUGAAGCUCUCCAAACUGGCCUCACUCCUAGUAGGUCUGAUACUCAGACCAUUAAUGGCUAUGCAAAGCCUACCUUAAGUUGCCCUUCAGAAAGAGGAUAUACAUUACAAGUAGAACCCGGGAGGACAUACAUACUAAGAGUCAUCAAUGCUGCACUGAAUGAAUUCAUAUACUUUAAGAUUGCUGGCCAUAAUUUCACCAUAGUUGAGGUUGAUGCUUCAUAUACUAAACCCUACAACACUGAUACAGUUCUCAUAGCUUCUGGCCAAACCACAAAUCUUCUUUUAACAACAAAUCUUGGAACCGGCAAGUUCAUGAUCUCUGCCUCUCCUUUCAAGAACAAAAUAAUCGCCACUGGCACGUUACACUAUAUUGGUACUUCUAAUGAUACAGCCACCAUUGUUCUCACCCCAAUCAGGCCUUCUGAAGGUGCUUCCACUCCACUUGUCGACAACAUUACUGAUGCCUUAAGAAGCCUAAAUUCAAAAGAAUAUCCUGCUACAGUCCCCUUGAAGAUUGAUCAUUCUCUUUUUUUCACCAUUGGCCUUGGAAUGAAGUCAUGCCCAACUUGCACUAUUGGCAUUCGUGUUGUCGCUCACAUUAACAAUAUCACUUUUGAUACACCAAGUACCUCGCUCCUUCAAGCCCAUUACUUCAACAUAAAAGGUGUUUACACUGACGAUUUCCCUGCCAACCCACCAAAUAAAUUCGACUAUACGGGUAUACAACCAAUAAAUCCUCAUACCAUGCACGGGACAAGAGUUUAUCGUCUUCCUUACAACUCAACCGUUCAGUUAGUCUUACAAGAUACGGUAAGGCUUGCCCUGGAAAGCCACCCAAUGCACUUGCAUGGCUUUAGUUUCUAUGCAAUUGGAAGUGGGCUAGGGAAUUUUGACCCCGUAAAGGACCCAAAGAAUUUCAAUCUUAUUGAUCCUGUAGAGAGGAACACUGUUAGUGUCCCUGCCGGUGGAUGGCUUGCUAUCAGAUUCACGGCAAAUAAUCCAGGGGUUUGGUUCAUGCAUUGUCAUAUAGAGGUGCACACAUCAUGGGGGAUGACAAUGGCACUUGUAGUGGACAAUGGGAAUGGCCCCAAUGAAUCAGUUUUGCCACCUCCCCCCGACCUUCCCAAAUGUUAG